CCUCGGGGAGAGACACCGGCACCUCGGGGAGUGACACAGGCACCCCGGGGAGUGACACAGGCACCCCGGGGAGAGACAUCGGCCCCUCGAGGGGAGACAUCGGCCCCUCGGGGAGAGACACCGGCACCUCGGGGAGAGACACAGGCACCUCGGGGAGAGACACCGGCACCUCGGGGAGCGACGCGGGAGGAGCUACACAGGACUGGCCGGACUUCCCUGCCCGGUGCUAGACUCUGCUGGAUCUGCUGGAUCACAGAGAUCGUGUGUGAUGCUGUCACUGGAGAGGAGCUGUUCACAAGUGGCCUUGAUCCAUGUGUUCAUUCACUGAUGUCCAGCUUGUUCCUUCGCAAUCUUACUCAGCAAAGCACUCAAGGCUUGCGGCAGUGACAGAAGUCAGAAGGAGCUGACUUCUGAAGAUUCCAGGCAGGAUGAAAGACCGUUUAAGUGAGCUGCGUGAAUUUGCCAGAUUACACAACCAACAGUUUUCAGAUAGUGACGAUGAUGAAAAUUCACCUGAGGAUAUUCUCCUUUAUGAGACGGAUUAUGCCUUGGAAAUUCUUCAUAAGGACAUACAGAAUAUCCGGACAGAAAAUGACCACCUAAAAGCGGACGUCAACCGUCUGAGAAAGCAAAACACCCGCUUCCUUACUUCCAUGCGCCGUCUUAGUAGCAUCAAACGAGAUACUAAUGGUAUUGCCAGAGACAUUAAGAGCCGUGGAGAAAGCAUCCACAGGAAACUGCAGGUGAUGAGAGAUUUCUGUGAAGAUGCAGUAACGAAAUAUGGAGCUAUGUCUGUCAUUGCCAGGGUGGCAAAGAACCACUACGUUGACCUCAUGCACACAUUUCAGGACGCUAUGUUUGAUUACAAUGCAACAGAGAUGAACCAGCGGGAGAACUGCAAGAUUCGAAUUCAGCGGCAGCUGGAGAUCAUGGGCAAAGAUGUUCCUGGCCACCAGAUUGAGGAGAUGAUUGAGCAGGGCAAAUGGGAUGUCUUCUCUGAGAAUCUCUUGUCAGAUGUUAAGGGAGCUCGUGCAGCCUUGAAUGAGAUAGAGACGCGACACAAGGAGCUGGUGAAGUUAGAAGGUCGCAUUAAGGAAGUUCACGAGCUCUUUCUGCAGGUGGCCCUGCUGGUGGAGGAACAGGCAGACACCUUUGAUGUUAUUGAGAUAAAUAUGCAAAAUGUUGAGGACUAUGUAGGAGAUGCUAAAGACCAAGUGAAAAAAGCUUUGGAAUACAGGAGAAAACAUCCCCUCAGAACAAUCCUCUGCUGCUGCUUAUCAUGUUGCAGAAGGUGAUGGUCCCACUGGAGCUAUCACAGACUGAUUUAAAUGUCUCCAAAAUCAGGUGUUCUUUGCAGAGACUUUUCUGUAAUGACAAACCCUAGAAAUAUGGGGGAUAUUUUGCAGUUGGUUUUGUUCAUUGCCUUUUUACUAAAUGUGCUGAAGGCUGUUUAUAUUUAUGAACUCCUAGAAAUGUUGAUAAAACUAUUUUUAAUCUAAUUUUUUUAAAGAUCCUGUUACUUUAACUAGAGGUGCAAUAUCUCUAUAGUGCAAGAAAGAAGAAUGAAUCAUUUAUCCUAGGGAAGAUGGAUACUUUAAAAAGUAACUUUAUUCUUAUUUGUCAAAAUGAGGCUGAAGGCAGUGAAGCCUUAUUGCCUGGGGUGACACAGCACACCACAGAAUCAGGAGGUAUCAGUUUUAACUAGUUUGGAGCUUGCUUGAUGCAAAUUUGACAAAAUACUGAGCCUGGAGCAGGAGCAGGACACAGAACUAAUUUCUCUUUCAACUUGAUUUCCAGAUGUCUGGAAUCUUAACAGAAGUGGCUGCACCUUAAAUGAUAAUAUGCACAUUUUGCUCUAUUUGUGUGCAAGUGACUGUUUCUUCCCAUUUUGAGUACCCAACUCUCUCAAGGUGGCAAAAAGCACUGCAACACUGAGGCAUCUCACUUUUAACUUGAGCCACUCUUUGGACUCUUGGUUUCAAACCUGCCAUGCUUUCAUGUUCUGAUGCAUUUUUCUGCCAAUUAACACUUCAGCCAGAGGAGAAACACGGAGUGGCCUUCUGCAGAAACACCCAUAUGAAGACAACACCUGUGGGGUUGAGAAAGCAUUUUAGGGUCUCCUGUACUGGCACAUACAUAGAAGCAGUUUUAGUAGAAUGACUGGCCUGUCAGUACACUUUCAUUUUUUAUAAGUAUUAACCAAAUAUAAGUUUUUUAGUAUCUAUUUUAAAUAAGAUGAAGGAUUAAUUUUUUUUAAUAUGCAAUUUUACUGGUGUACAAAAAUUUUGACUUUUCUCCAACUGAUUGGAAAUCUCCACCUGGGAAAGCAAAUAGAACUAUUUCUUCAGUGCACCUGAAGAAGAACGAAAACAGUUUAAUGUCAUUUCAGUGCUCUUUCCAAGCUUAAAAGGAAACUCUCAUUUUAUGUAAUAGGAGUCUGCCCUUACACAAGGGUAAACCAGUAGGUUUGGAGUAUUGCAAAGAAAUAAAAAAUGUGCAGCCUUGGUUAGCACUGAGCAUUGUCAGUGAAACAUACUCACAAAGUCUGAUGACUGAUCACAGCUCCUGCUUCUGCAGGUUUUCCAACUAUAUUUCUAGGUGGCUUCCUGAUGCACUGUGAUCUAUUGUUAUCCUUUGAAAUAAUGCAGGACAUUUUUUCAGAAAAUAAUUUUUUUUAACUGCUGGUACCAAUUUUAAUAAAUAUAUUUCAACAUUUCAAAUAUUUUCUAUUUGGGAGUUUUCCUCAGAUGUGCAUAGAUGUACAUCUUCCUGCACCAGUUGCAGUGAAACUUCUCCCUUCUUACCUUUUGCACCCUUAUUUUAUGUGUGAACAAAAACUCAAAACAUUUCUUACUAUUUGUAUUAAUAUAACAAAACAGCAAUAUAAAUCCAACUUCCAAGCUUUCAAAUCUUACUGGGAAACAACUUUAGCCAGACAGGCUUUUUUACACAAAGAGAAACUAAAGGGAUAACUCUUCUCAGAAACUGAGUGUCCCUUUUGCUGUAGCACCUGUCUCUGAUAACAUGGAAGAGUGAGAAACACCGGUCUCCUAAACUGUAAGAUACUUUGAUAUUCAGUGGUGUACUGGCGAUAUCAGUGUUAUGCUUGUCUGAGGACCUCUUCAGCGAGGUGUUCAAGUGGGAGAAAAAACAGUGAUGAGCUCGGACCACAGCCAGUGGCUUUGGUGCUACUCAGGAAGACAAAAGUUUUUAUUGUGUAGGUACUGCCAUUAAGUCAGUGGAACUGUGCAUUUGUAGAGAAAUACCCUAAACCUCCGAGAGUCAGCAUGUGGGGAUAAAUCAAUGAAGAAUGAAAUAAUGUAUUUCCUUUCACAUGCAUACUCCU